ACUCAACAGACUACCAACCCGUUGCCGAAGAGCCUGAGCCAUGGCUACAAGAGAGUGAGAGAGUGAGAGAGUGGGUGAGAAGGAAACCCUAGCGAAUGAGGCACUCUCUUGCUUGCACAGUUUGUGGGGAUCUGUCAACAAUCACGAUCUAGAGACCCCACUAAAGCAGCUUUGCUCUCUCCCUCGUUCGGUGCUUCUCCUCGGCACGGUUUUCAGCACCCCACGGAAAUAGGACAUUUCACGGUGCUCGGUCAUCCUGCCCUAUCUCCGCAGGAAUGGGAAAGAAAUAGCAGAACGGAAAGUUGGGUGCAGGGCCGUUCUCGCGGUUAUGAGUCCAGCGGUUACGGGGGAUGUUUUUAUGACAGUUACCGGCUUAUCAGACAUUGAAGACGAGGACUCGGCGACUGCAGCGGAUCGGAAUCACGUCGCAUGGCGUUGAUGGAUAUGCGUGGAUUCACUUUCAAGCUCUGGAUCAUGAGUACACGGGCCAUCCCACUUCUUCCUAGACCCCUCCUCAGGCACCAUAUCUCUCACAAUUACGAUGCUGGUGACAGUUUGAACCACGCUUUUAAGAGUUGCCGGUAAACUGUUUUUGUUGUGAUCUGCUCUCUUCAGCAGAUUGUUUUUAUCUGCAUCUAACGUUGAGUUUGAGUAGAAGAAUGUUUGCAAGUAGGUUGGAGAUUACCUUAGCUGAGAGCAGUGUAACUGAUCCUGUUACUGAAGCUGGACCGCCAUCGAUGAGACGUGAGUGACUGCCAGGGGAGGACGGUGAUCACGCUGGGUGUGCAUUGUAGGGCCCUUUUGUACUUAGUUUCAGUGAUUCCUGCCAUGUUGCUGUUCUGUUUGCGUUGGUACUAGCCGGGUAUCACACUGGUUGUGCAGUGAAAGAUCAUCUGGACAGUCAAUUCGGGAUGAUUUCAAUGACUUGCAGCGUUGUCAACUACGAGGCUGACCUGUUCCAUCAGUGGAGAAAGGAAUGUGGGCAUGCAAUCCUCAACUCAGGUUAAAUUGCGGCACAUGUGGUAACACAUAUCACUUCGAAGCUGUGGGGAUGGCGUAUCGCUGCAAGCACGAUCUCCUACUCGUCGCUGCGUUGAUAAUCUUCUCUGCUGACUGGAAAAACCUCACGACCUAUGCGCAGACAGACAUCGACGAGUGGCUGGUGGCUCACAACGGCGCACGUAGUGAUGUUGGUGUUGCGCCGCUCACAUGGAACUCGGCUGCUUAUGACUACGCUCUUUCCUACGCUCUGACCCAGGCAGACAGUUGCCGGCCCUUGACUCACUCCACCGACAGUCCCUAUGGCGAGAAUCUGGCCUGGUUUAGCAAUGCUUCGAGGACACCCACCGAUGCCGUGGCUUUAUGGGUGGAGGAAGAGCAGUACUAUGAUUACGCGUCGAAUUCUUGCGCUGAAGGCGAGACGUGUGGACACUACACUCAGGUGGUGUGGGGUGACACAACGAGUGUGGGAUGUGCUUCAGUUGAUUGCUCCGACGGUGGAAUUUAUUUUAUAUGCAGCUACGACCCUCCCAGAAACGUUGAAGGAGAGCGACCUUACUUCUCGAUCUUCAUGCAUUUUGCAGCUGCAACCUCGACGCGGGUGCGGGAGGAUUGGUAGCAAUCCCCGAUCCUAAGGUGGGUGGUGUGUUGGUCACUGGUAAUAUUUGUAAGGUGAGAAGUGUUUAUAAUCCUUGCACAUAGGAUGAGAAUGAAAAGAUAGAUAAGUUCGGAGAGGUUUGAAAGAUGCUAUCCAGUUUGUGUUCUCUUCUUCUAUAUGUUGACACAAGUUGGAGUUUUAGUUAGCACGUGCAGCAUUUCCACAAGCGUCGCCUGAUUCACCAGAUUGCGGGGGGUUACAGCACUGUCGUUGUACGCAUGUUGUGGUGAAACAUAACACAUUUUCCUCUGUGCCAAUUUUGUGUGCAAUUCAGUGCUCAGUUUGCUGAAAUGGAACAGGAAGAGUUUUGAAAUUCUGCUCCUGGGAGGUUACAAUCCCUGAUCUUUUUGAGCUGCAUAGUGGCCAGUGAGAAAGUAGUGUAUACUUAAACCAACCAACCUUUCCUCUGCACGAUGAACUCUUGUCCGCAGAUUGAAAUGGAAGUUGAUAUGUUAUGCAUUCUGCAAAAUUAGAAAACAAGCUGUCUGAAUUUGCACAAGCAGUAUCUACAUUUA